AUGGGUACACCUGUCCCACAUCCCCGAGGUUGGCCAAUGAUGGGCAACUCACUAGACGGAAUGAACCAUGCCCAGUAUCAUGAAAAAUAUGGCCCGAUAUUUCAACUUGUUGACGGCCCAGGCAAAAGGCCAACAUUAUUUGUGUGCUCAGUGGAACUGUUGAAUGAAAUUUGCGACGAGAAAAGAUUUGCCAAAAUGCCCAGACGAGGGGGGCUUUUUGAGGUACGAAACCUAACACAUGACGGGCUAUUUACUGCGUCACAUGGGGAACAUAAUUGGGGAAUCGCACACCGAGUUCUCAUGCCUGUCUUCAAUGGCAUUGCUAUCAAGAACAUGUUUGAGGAAAUGUACGACAUCGCUAGCCAGUUGGUUUUGAAGUGGGCGAGGUCUAGUCCUGGAACUAAAAUCAACGUGACUGGAGACUUCACAAGACUUACCCUAGAUACACUGGCUCUGACUACCAUGGAUACGCGUUUUAACUCCUUUUACUCCGAAACACCGCACCCCUUCGUUAGCGCUAUGGUCUCGUUUCUUACUGAAUGCAGCUCGAGAAGUAAGCGGCCUGAUUUUGUAAGUGACUAUGUAUUUAGAGGCUCCACGCAAAGAUACUGGGAAGACGUCAAAACUAUGAGGGAAAUAGGUCGUGAAGUCGUUCAUAAACGGCGAAAUAGCUCAUAUCGCAAAAAGGACCUUAUUGAUGCUAUGAUACAUGAGGUGGAUCCUAAAACAGGCCAGAAGAUGACAGAAGAAAGCAUAAUCGAUAAUAUUACUACAUUCCUCAUUGCUGGCCACGAAACAACUUCGGGACUGCUGUCAUUUAUGCUUUACGAACUGGUCAAAAACCCGGAGGUCAUGGAGAAAGCUAAAGCCGAAGUGGAUGCCGUUCUCGGACAGGGUUCGAUGACUCCAGAAAUGCUAUCCCAGCUCCCUUACCUGACGGCGGUAAUCAGAGAAACACUGAGGCUCCACCCAACGGCGCCUGCGUUUUCAGUCGUACCCAAACAAGAUGCAUGUGAUGACUCCCCCAUUUUCAUUGGUCAGGAGCAAUACCAGGUUGGUAAAAACCAGACGAUAGUUGCAGUUCUCCAAGAAAUCCAUGAAGACCCCACGGUCUACGGAGAGGAUGCAGACAAGUUCAAACCUGAGCGGAUGUGCGAUGAACACUUCUACAAUUUACCAAAAGGAGCCUAUAAGCCUUUCGGAAAUGGUGCGCGAGCGUGUAUCGGUCGUGCUCUAGCCCUGCAAGAAGCGACCAUGACAAUGGCACUACUCAUCCAAAAUUUCGAAUUUGAUUUUGCCGAUCCCGACUACAAUCUUGCCAUAAAGAAGACACUCACCAUUAAACCAACAGGCUUCCAGGCAGUUGCCAGGCUUCGUGUUGGACUAACCCCAACAUUCGUGCAGAGAAGGCUUUUGAAUCAGGACGUAAAGGAGCUGGCUCGGCCCAAGUCUAAUACAAUCACGACUAUUAUCGAUGGCAAGGGAGAAACACACGAACCAAGGCCAGAAACUCCGACAAAAUUAGUGGACCUUAUCAUCUGCUAUGGAUCUAACACUGGCACCUGCCAGACGUUGGCACAUACGCUUGCCGGUGAAGCCCCCAAACAUGGUUUCUGUCCAGCAGUGAUGUCCAUGGAUCAAGCAGCAGAAAACAUUACCACCUACGCAAAAGUGCCGGUCGUGGUUAUCACAGCCAGCUAUGAGGGCCAGCCUCCCGACAAUGCCACUUCGUUUGCGAGUUGGUUGGCGAACCUGGAGACAGAAGGCAAAACAAAAUCCCUAGAUGGACAUGUUCACGCAGUUUAUGGAUGUGGACAUCGUGACUGGGUCACCACUUUUCAGAAGGUACCGACCUGGGUGGACAACGCUUUGAUGGCAUGCGGCAGCUACGCGGUUGUAAAAAGAGGGUUCUCGGAUGUUUCAUACGACGAUACUUUUAAUGACUUUGACCUAUGGGCUGACAAGUCACUGUGGCCAGCUUUGACUCAAGAGUACUUCAAUUACCACUCAACCAACAAGGGAAACCUCGAAAGAGGCAUAAAGAAGCCAAAAGCAGAAGCGAAAACUUCAAGCUUUGAAGUGGUUCCUAGUAGCCGGGUGCAAGAGCUAGAUUAUGACGGUCGUGAAGGCACUGUCCUAGAGUCGACAUUACUGACUGUGCCCGGAGAGCCCGAAAAGCGACAUAUCAAAAUCCAGCUCCCAUCUGGUAUGGAGUAUAGCACUGGUGAUUACCUAGCAGUUCUACCAGUCAACCAUGACGAGACGGUCAAGGUAGCAAUGACAAGGUUUGGACUGGCAAUAGACUCGCAGGUUGUCUCAAGCAAAAGCAUAAACGGCCUACCCGAGCCGAGAUCCAGGAGUGCAUAUAUCAUGCUAAAAGAGCUUGUGGAGCUAAAUCAUCCAGCUACUGAUAAGAACGUCCGCGCCAUUGCACUCUCAAUCCCGGAACAAUCUGAAAAGAACGCUCUUGAAGCGGUUGUCUCGUCAAAGCAGGGCAGGGAGCAACGUCCUAGUCUUUUACAUUUGCUCCUCAUGUUUCCAUCAGCAAACAUGUCCUUUGCAGAAUAUCUUUCAAUGCUCCCGCCUCUGCAUAUUCGCCGAUAUUCAAUUUCUUCCUCGCCACUUCCUGACCCUAGAUCAUGCACUCUUACCUAUGGCGUGGCGAAUUUUGGACCAGAGGCAGGUCGAAGUGAAUUCAGAGUUUUCGGCGCAGCUUCAAAUUAUUUGGCCAACUUGAAGGUGAACGACCGACUUUUGGUGUCUCUUCGUCCUGGAAAUGCACACUUUCGCCUUCCUAGAGAUUUGACUGCCACACCAAUCAUUUUAGUAUGCGCCGGUUCUGGCUUGGCACCUUUUAGAGGAUUUGUAGAGGAACGGGCUACUUUCAUAAAGACAAACCCGGAAACCCCUUUGGCGAGGUGUAUCUUAUUAAUUGGAUGUCGGCACCCCGAAAAGGAUGCCCUGUAUCUGCAGCAUCUGGAAGAAUGGGAGAAAGCCGGAGCGAUGGAGUUACAAUAUGCUUUUAGUGCUACCCCAGAGAAGAGCCAUGGCUGCAGGUAUGUUCAAGACCGGUUGUGGAAAAGUCGAGAAAGUCUAAUGCCACUUCUACUCAAUGGUGGAGGAAAAAUGUUCUUUUGUGGAGGAGCAAAAGCUCUUGAAGGUGUGACCAAAUCCGUUGUUCAAGCGUACGCAGAACAAACAGAAAAAUCAUUGGAUGAAGCUUCAAUUUGGUUCAGAGCAAUCCGCAAUCAACAAUUUGUCAGUGAUGUUUUUAACUAA